AUGGCUCUUGGUGUCCUUCUGCCAACGAUCCGGCCAUCAGCUUCGAAGCUACUACAAACAGUUCGAUUAUCUCUGUGCCAAACUCGACGUCAGAAUGCUACUAGCUCAAAUACACCGUCUGCACCUGCGGACACUAUCUCAACAGAUGCAGUCAUCAAGAACAUUAGUGCAAAAGACCGAGAAACCUUACAAUGGCAGCGGAAUAUCGGUAUCAGCGCUCAUAUCGACUCCGGCAAGACGACUUUCACAGAACGUGUGCUCUUCUACACAGGCCGCAUAAAAGACAUCCACGAAGUUCGAGGCAAGGAUAAUGUCGGAGCAAAGAUGGAUCAUAUGGACCUCGAGCGGGAAAAGGGAAUUACCAUUCAAUCAGCCGCGACCUAUUGCGACUGGCUCAAGAAAGAAAACGGCGUCGAGCGAGCUUACCACAUCAACAUUAUCGACACACCUGGCCAUAUCGAUUUCACGAUAGAAGUUGAGCGUGCACUACGUGUGCUUGACGGCGCAGUCCUCGUUCUAUGCGCAGUGUCCGGAGUACAGAGUCAGACAAUCACAGUUGAUAGGCAGAUGCGGCGAUACAACGUUCCUCGUGUAUCAUUCAUCAAUAAGAUGGACAGGAUAGGAGCUAAUCCGUGGAAGGUUGUUGACCAAAUCAACCAGAAGCUGCGAAUCCCUGCUGCUGCUCUACAAAUUCCGAUCGGCGCAGAAGAUGAAUUCAAGGGCGUCGUUGACUUGCUCCGGAUGAAAGCCAUCUACAACGAGGGUCCUCGCGGCAUUAACCUUCGUGAAGAGGAUUGUCCUGCUGAACUUCUUGACUUUGCGAAUGAGAAGCGAGCACUGCUGACCGAGACGCUUGCUGAUGUCGACGAUGAAAUCGCUGAAAUUUAUCUCAACGAGGAGAAACCGACCGAGUCACAGCUAUCUGAAGGGAUUCGACGUGCGACUAUCGAUCGCAAGUUUACACCUGUCUUGCUCGGUUCAGCACUGGCCGAUACUGGCAUCCAGAAUGUGCUUGAUGCUGUUUGCAAUUAUCUGCCGACUCCAGCCGAGGUGACCAACGUGGCGCUGGACUUGAAUCGUUCAGAAUCCCAAGUGCAGUUGCUGCCAUACAGUGAGAUGCCUUUUGUUGGGCUAGCGUUCAAGCUUGAAGAAGGCAAAUACGGUCAGUUGACGUACAUUCGUGUCUAUCAAGGCACGUUGAAAAAGGGCAGCAUGAUCACAAACGUCAAGACUGGCAAGAAAAUCAAGGUCCCCCGCCUUGUCAGAAUGCACUCUGCAGACAUGGAGGACGUGGACGCCGUCGGCUCGGGCGAAAUUUGUGCCAUGUUUGGAAUCGAUUGUUCUUCUGGUGACACAUUUACUGAUGGCCAGCUAUCGUAUUCGCUGACAACGAUGUUUGUGCCGGAGCCGGUGAUCUCACUCUCUUUGAAACCAAAGGGCAAGGAGACGGCCAACUUCAGCAAGGCCCUCAAUCGCUUCCAAAAGGAAGAUCCGACAUUCCGCGUCCACGUUGAUGACGAAUCAAAAGAGACCAUCAUCUCAGGUAUGGGAGAGCUUCACUUGGAGAUCUACGUUGAGCGCAUGCGUAGAGAGUAUCACGUCGACUGUACAACUGGCCAACCGCGUGUUGCGUUCCGCGAGACUAUUUCUGAGCGUGCUGAUUUCAGCUAUGUCCACAAGAAGCAAUCCGGUGGUGCUGGUCAGUACGCGAAAGUUGAAGGUUUCAUCGAGCCCAUGGAGGCGACUGAUGGUCCUAAUGGAGGAAAAAUUGAUGUUGAGUUCGAGAACCGCGUCACGGGUGGCAACAUUCCCAACGGCUUCAUCACUGCUUGCCAAAAGGGUUUCAUGGACGGAAUUGAGAAAGGCUUCUUGCUUGGCCAUCGCAUCAACGGGUGCAGACUCGUCCUUGAAGAUGGUGCAGCACACGCUGUAGACUCUUCGGAGCUGGCGUUCAGACUCGCCACUGUCAAUGCUUUCAAGGAAGCCUUCAGCAAGUCACGGCCACAAAUUCUCGAACCAAUUAUGGACGUGAAUGUGACGGCGCCAAAUGAAUUCCAGGGCGCUGUUGUUGGUGGGUUGAACAAGCGUAAAGCCACCAUCAUCGACACUGAGAUAGGUGCCGACGAAUUCACAAUCAAGGCCGAAGUGUCGCUUAAUUCAAUGUUCGGGUAUUCCACAUCCAUUCGGCAAGAGACACAGGGCAAAGGUGAAUUUAGUAUGGAAUACUUGAAGCACUCAGCUGUGCCCACCUACGUGCAACAGGAGCUCAUUGCGGAACAUUUGAAGAAGCUCAAGAUCAAGGCCUAG